AUGUCCGUCAACCCCGAGGCCCAGGGCGGCAUCCUCGAGGACCGCGACCUCAGCAAGCGCGCUUGCAAGAACAACGGCUGCAAGUGCCAAAAGAUCACCCAGGGCCAGUACUGCGGUCUUUGCUGGAGGAACAACGACUUCAUCGUCACCAAGCUCGGCACGGGCGGCGCCUGGAACCACGUGUACGAGUGCAACUCGAACGGCGGAUGCUGCGACUACGGAUACGCCAAGGACUGUGACUUGCAAAAGACUUCUAUCCGCUGCUAA